CGUCGCAACGAUUCCGAUAUGAGGGAUAUCGCUGUUGUUAGUGAGUUGUAUAGCAUCGGCGCAUAUGGCAUUUUUGACAAUCAUAUGUAUACUUUGGCAAGCUCUAUGGCGUCGUUGUGACGUAAUUUGUCAAUGACGCAAUCAAGUGGGGGUUACGAUUGACCUGUGAAAAAUUGUUAUGAUGCGCUACUGGAAGUACGUUAGUUACUAAACUACACUAGACCCUUAUACUAGUCGAUUUAUUUAUUUUUUACAAACCGCGAUUUGCUAUAUUUUCAGUUAUAUCAUAAUUGCUACUGUUUCAUUUGCCGGCUUUUUAGAAUUAUGCAGAACGACAAUGAUGAGCACAGUAAACGUGAAGUAUUUGGUAUACAUUUAAAGAAUAAAGAUGGAAUGAAAAAGGGGAAAUGUGCAACGUAUAUGGGUUGCACACGCCAUGUCUGCCAAAAAUGUGGGAAGGUACUAGGAACAAACAGCAAACUCAAGACACACAUGCUCAUUCACAAUGAAGAAAGGCCAUUCGAAUGCAAAAUAUGUAACAAGAAGUUCACUCAAAAUGGUCAUUCGACCAGACACAUAUCAAUGGUACAUAUGGGAGAGAAAACACUUCUGUGAUGUCUGUGGAAAACACUUUGCAGAAAAGUCAGAUGUAAGGAAGCAUCACGCAAGAAUACACGAUGAACCAGGAACAAUGAAAAAGACAGUCAAUAACAAGCCAAGGCCAUUUAUCUGCGAAGUUUGUGGGAAACCCUUUAUGUUUAAAUUAGUUUUGAAUAAUCACAGAAUUGUGCACACUGGGGAGAAGCCAUAUACUUACGAAGUUUGUGGCAAAUGCUUCGAAUUGCUCCUUUCUAUAAAUAUGCAGAUCGACAAUGAUAAGCUGAGUAAACGUGAAGUAUUUAGACUUCAUCCAAAGAAUAAAGAUGGAAUGAAAAAGGGGAAAAGUGCUACGUACACUGAAUACAAACGCCAUGUCUGCCAAGAAUGUGGAAAAGUAUUAACCCAACACUGCAAUCUAAAGGCACACAUGCUUAUUCACAAGGGAGAGAAACCAUUCGAAUGUGAAAUUUGUAACAAGAAGUUCACUCAAAAAGGUCAUUUGACCAGGCAUAUAUCGAUGGUACAUAUGGGAGAGAAAAAAUACCCCUGUAAUGUCUGUGGAAAACACUUUGCAAAUAUGUCAUGUGUGAGGAAUCACUACGCUGCCUUACACGCGGAACCAGGAACAGCUAGAAAAUUAAUGUAUACGAGGCCGAGACGAUUUUCCUGCGAAGUUUGUGGAAAAACCUUUGUGUCUGCGUUCAAGUUGAAUCACCAUAGUCAUAUUCACACUGGCGAAAAACCUUAUACUUGCGAAUUUUGUGGUAAAUGUUUCGCUUAUAAAGAGAGUUUAAGCAAACAUAUACUAACACACACGGGACAAAAGACUUCCAGAAAGAGACCUUUCAUUUGUCGAAUAUGCGGAGCAAAGUAUGAGUCUAGAUAUAAGCAGCUGCAACACAGCGUAGUGCACACUGGUGAAAAACCAUAUUCUUGUGACUUGUGUGGGAAAACUUUUGGGUGGAAAAAGAGUGUAAGACUACACAAGUUGUCAUCGUGCCUUGCCAAACAUGUACAUAUGCAGAUCGACAACAAUGAGCCGAGUAAACGCCAAGUAUUCGGGGUCCAUUCAAAGAAUAAAAACGACCUGGAAAAUGAGAAAAGUGCUACGUACACUGAAAGCAAAAAUCAUGUUUGUCGGGAAUGUGGGAAAGUAUUAAGCUCAUAUAGCAAUCUCAAGAGGCACACGCUUAUUCACAAGCCAAAAAGGCAAUUCAAAUGUAAAAUUUGUAACAAGAAGUUCACUCAAAAAUGUCAUUUGACCAGACAUAUAUCAACGGUACAUAUGGGAGAGAAAAAAUACUCCUGUGAUGUCUGUGGGAAACACUUCUCAGAAAUGUCAUAUGUGAGGAAGCAUUACGUCGCUUUACACGCGGAGCCGGGAACAAUUAAAAUGGCAAUCAAGAAGAAGCCAAGACCAUUUUCCUGUGAGGUUUGCGGAAAAAGAUUUUUGUCGAAGCAAAGCGUGAAAAAUCACAGUGUUAUGCACACCGGUGAAAAACCUUAUAACUGCGACGUUUGUAGUAAAUGCUUUGCUUAUAAAUCAGACGUGAAGAGACAUAUGCUAAUACACACGGGACAAAAUUUUGUCAAGAAGAAACCUUUUGCAUGUGAAAUAUGUGGAGCCAAGUAUGAGAAGAAACGUGAACUGCGUCAACACAGCGUCGUCCACACUGGUGCGAAACCAUUCUCUUGCGACUUGUGUGGGAAAACUUUUGGGUGGAAAAAGAGUGUAAGAUUACACAAAUUGUCAUCGUGCUUUGCUGAACAAACACAUUCAGCACUUCAUUUGUGAACGUAGAACAUAAAAACUAACAAAUUAAUUACUAAUUACGUUGUGUGAGUAUUUUGUUACUAAUGGUUACUUCAAUUGCCAGCGCGUUGGAUAUUUAUUCAUUUUCCGACUCCCUUCACCAUCGAAUGCUAUUUUACUUCAUUUUAAAUUAUGUUUGUACAAAGUGUAUUUCUGAAUAAACUAAAGAGCGAUGCUCAUAUAUAUUGA